AUGGAAGAAGAGAAUAAAUUGCUGGAGAUACUCAGGCUAGACAAAACGACAAUUGGAUGGACAAUAGCUGACAUCAGAGGGAUCAGUCCAACUCUUUGCAUGCACAAGAUUUUAAUGGAGGACGGGUCAAGGCCAUCAAUGGAAGGACAACGAAGAUUAAAUCCCACCUUGAAGGAAGUGGUGAGAAAAGAAGUGCUAAAAUUGCUGGAUGCAGGAAUAAUUUAUCCCAUAUCUAACAGUUCAUGGGUGAGUCCAGUACAUAUUGUGCCUAAAAAGGGUGGAAUCACAGUGGGGAAGAACGAGAACAAUGAACUGAUACCAACACGGUUAGUGACAAGGUGGAGAAUAGUUAUUACUCUAGAAGACCAAGAGAGAACAACAUUCACAUGCCCUUAUGGAACUUUUGCAUUUAGAAAGAUGUCUUUUGGUCUAUGCAACGUACCUAUAACCUUUCAAUGGUGCAUGAUGGCUAUAUUUUCUGACAUGGUAGAAAAGUACAUUGAGGUUUUCAUGGAUGAUUUUUCUGUGUUUGGAGAUUCAUUUGAUGACUGCUUGGAUCGGUUGUCUCUUGAUGUGUCUUUUCACUUUUCUGACGAGUGCUUAAAUGCCUUUAAUAUUUUGAAAGAAAAGUUAACUUCUGCACAUGUGAUGGUAGCACCUAAUUGGGAUCUACCUUUCGAACUUAUGUGUGAUGCUAGUGAGUUUGCAGUGAGAGCGUUGCUUGGUCAACAUAAAGGAAAAGUGUUACAUGUAAUCUACUAUGCUGGCAAAACCUUGACAGAUGCUCAGAUCAACUAUUCAACAAUAGAAAAAAGAGAUGCUAGCAAUGGUCUUUGCCUUCGACAAAUUUUGUUCCUAUCUGAUUGGUUCAAAGGAACAGAAAACCAGGUAGCGGAUCAUUUAUCAAGGCUAGAGCAACUGAGUGACUCAGAUGAUGUGGAUAUUAAUGAGAAGCUGCUUCAUGAAGUGAAAUUCUAUUAUUGGGAUGAUCCAAAUUUAUACAAGAGAGGGACAAACCAGAUCAUUAGGAGAUGUGCGCCAGAGGAUGAGAUGAAACCUAUCCUUUCAUGGGUUCAUGCUUUGGCUUAUGGAGGACAUUUUGGCCCCAUUAAAAUAGCAGCAAAGGUGCUUCAAUGUGGUUUUUUUGGCCUACACUGUUCAAGGACUGCCACAGUUUCUGCAGUGGUAGUGGACUAUGUCUCUAAAUUGGUAGAAGCUAAAGCAUUGCCUACAAAUGAUGCAAGGGUGGUGGUGGACUUCAUAAAUAAACACAUCUUUAAUUGCUAUGGAUCACCUAGGGCCAUAAUAAGUGAUGGUGGAACUCACUUCCGCAAUCGAAUUCUGGAGCUCACUGUGAAUGCAUCUCGCAAGGAUUGGUCAAAGAAAUUAGACGAUAUUUUAUGUGCAUAUCGCACUGCUUACAAGACACCUAUUGGUAUGUCCCCAUAUCGACUAGUCUUUGAAAAAGCAUGUCACCUACUAGUGGAGUUUAAACAUAGAGCAUACUGGGUAUUGAAGCAGUUAAACAUGGACUUCGAAAAGGCUGGAGAAACAAGAAUACUGCAGCUACAUGAAUUGGAAGAAUUCAGAAGAGAAGUAUAUGAGAAUGCAGCCAUCUACAAAGACAGGACGAAGCAAUGGCAUGACAAGAACAUCAGGCAAAGAAUUUUUAGAAUGGGAGAUCAAGUAUUUCCCUACGGCACAGUUGAAUUACACCAUCCAACAAAAGAAAAUUUCAAAGUAAAUGGCCAACGUAUCAAGCACUACGUGGAAGAUUUUCCCACCGCUAAAGAGAGCCUUGACCUAGCUGUACCAGAAUAA